UUUAUUUGUAUCAUUUGUAUCACUAAUUGUGUUUUACACAAUUAAAUCAUUUUUCAAACUAGCAAAAAAAUCAUUUUUUUUUUAACUUGCUUGGAAUCUAAAACCAUAUUAUGUUUUAUCUCCUCCCUUUAUCUCCAAGAGGAAGCUUCAAGCUCAAAAGCAGAAAUUAAACUACCUACCUUCUUUUCUAAACCUACCUCUCUCUCUCUCUCUCUCUCUCACUUCCCCCUUUAUGCAGAUCCUCUAAAGCACUGGUUCCCACAUUGUGUUAUCAUAUCAAAUAUGAAGAUGAAAGGCAUAGACAUAUUCUGUGCAUCCCAAGCUUCAACAGCCAUAUGCAUGAACAUGGAUCAUCAAGCAUCCUCCUCCGUCGUACAACUCGGCGGCCGAGCCCUCGACCGCCACAACCCCAUCAUCCAAGAUGCAAGAAGAAGCACAAGCUCCAGAACCCUUCCCAUUGCUCCAUGCUCUUCCCAAUCCCCCAUCAACCCCAAGGCCUACCACCAACUCCCAAAGAGCAAGAAAAAAGCAACCUCCUCAUCACUUAGACCAAGUACCAAGAGCUCCUCAAAAGAAAAUGAUCAGAAGAGGAAGAGUACUAGUAAUAUUUUUCAUGGAAAGUUGGAUGAAAAUGUUAAGAAGUUUUCUUCUGUUCUAAGUGAGAGUGUUGUUAGGAAGAGCUCUGCCAACCCUAUCGAUCUUAUUACUCCUCCUGGCUCCUCCAGAUACCUUUUGAGUGAUACUGUGAUCUUUGAUGGGUUAUCGGAUUACGAUCCGGUUUUGGCAUUGGUUCCGGUUGGGCAGAAAAAGAAUGCAGUGAAAAUAAUCACAGAAAAUAAAUCUACUACUUCUUCAAUUGGCUCUUCUUCCUCAUCUCUGACAAAAUACUCAAAACCACCAACGCCACCACCACUGCCAUCGCCUUCCAACCAGGUUGUUGUAUUGAUGGUGUCCCUUCACUGCAAAGGGUGUGUAGGAAAACUGAGAAAACAUCUAUCCAGAAUGGAAGGGGUGACAUCAUUCAACAUAGACUUUACAGCAAAGAAGGUGACAGUCACUGGAGAUGUAACCCCAUCGAGUGUCCUUGCCAGUGUCUCAAAGGUGAAGAACGCUCAGUUUUGGCCUACUGUGUCAUCAGCAUCACCUGCCUCUCCACCUUGUCCUACCAAACUAGAGGCCAAGAAAUAAUUUAACAGGUAACUGAAGAGAGAGAGAGAGAGAGAGAGAGAGAGAGAGAGAGAGAGAGAGA